UCAUUAAUGUAAAUCCCAAUAUUUUAAUGAUUAGAUUUGAGUCACAGAUUUUAGCAUUGAAUUAAUUCUCAAUCUAAUAUAACAUUACGAUAUCCGAAAAGGCGAUUCCAUCAUAUCAGGUGAAACCAAUGAUAACGUUCCGAUAUCUUGACAUCGAUUUACUUUCAAUAUAUUUCGUGUGUUAAGGACGUCCGUUUUACUAAAAUGUCAACUAGGUUCACAAUAACAAAUGAUGCACCGGAUGAAGUGGAUAGAAGUGCACAUUAUGUAUCUCCUGUAUAUGUUACAUUGUUAAGUGCUACAACUACAAUAACAAACUUGUGUCUCGGUGCGGCAGCCAUGGGUGCUAUAGUUUUCAUACAUUCUUUUGCACUGUCGUCAACAAUGAAACAACAUGUUUAUUUAUGUGGGAUUGGUUAUGUAAUUUUAAUGGCGCAAGCUAUACAGUCUCUGAACCCUCACUCCGGCUGGGCGCGUUUGGUCAGAUACCAGGACCGGAGAGUCGUACACUGGAUGCUACAAAUUGUUGCUUCCAUAACAGUUGUCGUUGGCAGCGUAAUUAGAAUGAUGGACGUGCCAAACAAUUUUAGAACUACUCAUGGAAUCCUUGGUUUAGUAUCCCUAAUCCUCACGAUAUUAAGCAUGGUGGGAGGAAUAGUCAACGCAUAUUCGUCGAAGCUGAACAUAAACCCCUCUUACUUGAAGAUAGCACAUUCCUGUUUAGGCAGCCUAACUCUGAGUUCUGCUUUCCUCUGCCUAUGUUUCGCAUUCAACAGCACAUUUAGAGUGGGAUUGGGUGAUCAAAAUGCAGAUUUAGCUAUAUCGGUAACUGUUAUAGCACUAGUUGGUUCGCUGGCUUCGCCUUGUAUAGGCGUGGUAAGGAGGAUAUUUAAGAAUUUCAGAUCGAACUGAAUUUGUUUUUCGUUUUGUAUACUGUUGCAAUAAAAUGUAAGAUAAUGGAAAUAAAAGUAUGUAUUAAUAAUAAAACGCUA